AUGGAUUUUCGUCAUAUUCCCUACCCGGAUCAGAUGUCCUAUCCCAUCUACAUUGCCAGUCCGGAAAUGGACCUUCCAAUGGAUGGAGUCAUUGAUCCAAGUCUCAAACGUUCGGCUUCGCCAGGCACCCUCCCAGUUCAUUGGAAUCCACCACAGAUGCAGCGUUACCUGACAGACAGCAACAAGUCGUCGUUCUUCGGGUAUCCGAUGGCUGAUCCAGUUCUCCCAGGGACUGUAGCCCCAUUCCCUUCUUCUCUACUUCAGCGGCAACACUCGCCGUCGUACUCGCACCCGUCAUCGACGUGCAGCAGCGCACUCAGCCCGCCAAGGGAGUCCGAUUAUUGCCAGGUCCAUUCGCCGUCGACACCAACGGAUGCCCCAAUGUCUCCAUAUUCCACUCAAUACGACAACUGCAGCACCCAGGUCCAGCUCUACGAGUUCACCGGUCUGGCUGAUGCUUUUGUGAAACCAAUUGAUGUCAACCCUUACCAAGAGACACCACCUAGCUACUACGAGGAGGCCAGGUUCAGGUCCGACCUCUCCACAAGGACCUACAGCAUGUCAAGCGACAGUAGUAACGCGAGUAUCGACCAAUGUAACAGCGCCGAGCAAUAUCAAGUACCGAGACACUUGAGCCCUGAAAGCCUCACACCAGAGGUGAAAGAGGAAAUCUGCAUUCCUGACGCCGACAAGACCUACCAUCCUAUCGAAGCUGAAGAUGAUGCUAUAUCUGGUGAUAUUGAACCAUUCAACCUGAAGAACGAGGAUGACGAUGAGUAUGAGCCAAACAAGAAGCCAAGGCGCGCUGCCACCCGGUCGAAUCACAGUACGAAGAAUCGCAAACGACCCAGCACCCUGCAACCGACCGCGGAGACUAAGAGGAUCAAGCUGGAACCGGACGACUCCAGGACUAUCCAGACGCCGGCCAAGCCAGCAAUCCAAGGGACCAGGGGGCAAUUUCCAUGCUCUGACUGUCCCAAGCUCUUCUUCAAAGACGAGAAUGGCCUCAAGUCGCACAUCAAGAAGCAACACACGCGACCGUUUACUUGUGUCUUUGAGUUCGCGGGCUGUCCUUCUACAUUUGCCAGCAAGAACGAAUGGAAACGGCAUUGCUGUUCCCAGCAUCUCAUCCUCAACUACUGGGUUUGCCAACAAGACCAAUGUGCGAAGGUGUCGAAUAACGCCACGAGCAAGUCGACCGUUUCCGCCCGCAACCGCAACAACUCGUCUCGCUGCCAUCCCAACGCUACAUCGACCCUCCCGAACGGGACGAUCUUUAACCGAAAAGAUUUGUACACACAGCAUCUUCGACGUAUGCAUAUUCCCUCGAGCUUCAAGAAGCAAGUCAAGCAGAAGAAGUCCAUCCCUGGGUGGGACGAGCAGGUGCGCGCCCACCAAGAAGAGGCAUGCAAGACCAGAUGUCAGCUCCCAGGCCACAUGCGAUGUCCGGCUAUCAACUGCAGUAUCCGGUUCGACGGCCCAAAUGCGUGGGACGACCGCAUGGAACACGUCGCAAAGCAUCUGGAGAAGGCUUCCACCGGCGCCGAGCCGCCAUUGAAGUUCGGGGGAGACAAUGACCAUACGCUCAUGAACUGGGCGGCCAGCCCCGAUGUCGCCAUCAUCAGUCAAGACGACAAGGGCAUGUGGGUGCUGCGGAACCCUCUGAAGCCCAACAGCCAACUCCCAAGGAGGGCUCCAGUUCAGGGCAGCGAUGAAGACGAGGAUGACAAUGUCGACGCCGAGGGCGAGGAGAUCGACGAGUAA